AUUAUUACCUGGACAUUUCUAUUAAUUAAGAAGCAUUUAUACUCAUUUCUAUAUUUACAAACUCAGGCUUGUCUGGAGGCCUUUUUAUACCUAGGACCAUCACAACUUUUGCCAACGCUUGAACAAAACAAGCUCUUAAUUCUCUUUCUCUGAUCCCUCUCUCACAUCUGUUAAUUUUAUUGGUGUUGGAGAAAACAAAAUCAUUGUAAAUUAAGCGAUAGGGAUAUGGGUGACUGGAGGGAAGAUUACAAGCCCGCUAUGGCUAUGGUGGGAUUGCAGUUCGGUUACGCGGCGGUUGCACUGGUCACCAGAGCAGCUAUGUUGCAAGGAAUGAGUCCAAGAGUCCUUGUGGUUUACAGGCAAGCCGUGGCAACUUUGGCAGUGGCACCAAUAGCUUAUCUCUCGAGGAGAAAAUCAGGUGGAUCUUCUAUGGGAUUAAGGAGCUUUUCUUUGAUAUUUUUGGCCUCAUUUAUAGGUGUGACAAUCAAUCAGAAUAUCUACUAUGAGGGUCUAUAUUUGGCCACUUCAUCAAUGGCAAGUGCAAUGGGAAAUCUAGUCCCUGCCAUCACUUUUGUAAUGGCAUCCGUUGCUGGAUUAGAAAAGGUUAAUGUUCGAAGCUUGAGAAGUAUUGCCAAAAUAGCUGGCACGGUGACCUGUGUCACUGGAGCCUUUUUCAUGACAUUGCUUAGGGGCCCCAAGCUACUUAAUGAACAAAUUUUACCAGCAAAAUCCUUUUUUGAACCGGAAGGUGAGCACUGGUUGCUGGGUUGUCUAUUUCUCUUUGGAAGCGCUUCUUGCUGGUCUCUUUGGCUGAUUUUGCAGGUUCCUGCUUCAGCCAGCUAUCCUGACCACGUUUCUUUAACCGCCUGGAUGUGUUUCUUUGGAACAUUGCAGUCAGCAGCAGUUACACUGUUUUUAGAGCCAGACCUGGAAGCCUGGACCCUCCAUUCCAGUUUUGAGCUUGUUUGUUGUCUUUUUGUAGGAAUCUUCGGAUCCGGGCUCUCAUUCUUCGUUCAAGCCUGGUGCAUUGCGCAAAGGGGUCCCCUCUUCUCUGCCAUGUUCAAUCCUUUAUGUACAGUCAUUGUGACCAUAUUGGCCGCUUUGCUGUUGCACGAGGAAAUUUAUACGGGCAGUCUGAUAGGUGCAGUUGGUGUUAUUGGUGGCUUAUAUCUUGUGCUAUGGGGAAAAGCCAAAGACUUACAAGUGAUCAAUAAAGAAACAGAUCCAGAGUCCCAAAAUGAUCAGAAAUCAACCAUGAAGACGAGUCUGAUAGAUGAGUCUCAGCAGACAAGUUCUAAACAUGACUUGGAAGAACCCCUUUUGUCUGAUAAAUCUACCAAUACAAAUGAAUAUAAACCAUAACAUACAAAUAUGGAAAUAAGGUGAUCAGUGGCCACUAGCAUUUAAAAAGAGAGCUAGUUC